AUGAGAAAGAUUGUUCAGGAUUUAUGUAAGUUUCUUAACCUUCAAAAAGGCAACAGGUUGGUACGCACAAUUUUCGAGAAAUUCAAAGGAGAUAAAAGAAUUCCAAAAUCAUGUCCAAUCGAGCCUGGAUGUUACUUUGCAAAUGACAUAAUAUUCGACGGAAAUUCCACAUUAGUCCAAAAUGUAGAUGAAUUGAAAACUAUGACUGAUUAUCAUUUCGGCACAAAGACAAAAGGGAAAAUGAAUUAUUUCUUUAAAUUAAGAGUUUAUGUUGAUUUCAAAGAUCGCUUGAAAUGGCAAAAAGAGCAGCUCAUAAACAAAACGAAGACUCAAAAAAAGAAGAUUUAA